UCUCCAUGUCCCAGAUAUUUGUUUGUUUCUCGCAGUUCGAUUUUUCACAGGAAUUAUGAGUCACUCCAUUGUUAUUAAAUGUGAAUAGUUUAUUUCAAACACUACAACGUGUAGUACAAUGUAGUUUAAAAUACAUACGGUUUUAGGUCUCUGUGUAACGUUGUGAUAAAUGGCAGAAGUUUACUAAUAAUUAGAACAUUGUAUUUCAAAUAAACAUUUUAAGGAGUUCGCUAUCUUUUAAUGUGAAAUAGUACAAUACAGUUAUCAUGUGGUCCGUUUGGGUAUUGCUGUGGAAGCACAGCCUUAUGAGAAAAAGGAGAUACAUUAGAACAUUUUUCGACUAUUUCUCUCCGUUAUUAUAUUUUGUGCUCAUACACCUAACUACUGGUCCAAGUUUACUCGGAAGACAUGAGAAUGUCCAUUAUACGGAGCCAUUCAGUCUGGAGGAGUAUGGACAGCACCGAGUAAGAGUGUUGUUCACACCGGACACAGAUCACACCAACAGGCUCAUGGAUGAGGUUGGGGCUAAACUCAAAUUUAAACGGCUGGAUCAUCUGCCGGGAAAGAAAGAGUAUGGCUUCUUUCCGUUCUCAAAUGCGUCAGCGCUAUCAAUACUGGAAUACUCGAAGGAUAUGAGCUACGAGGACGCAAUUAUCAUAUUUGAGGAUAUGGAGUCAGAAAUGUGGCCGAAGAAACUUAACUACACCAUAAGAAUGAAGAACAAUUUCAGGACCAACCAAUACGAACCUGAGGACCCGUUUGACAUGGGCCACCAUGAGUACUUUGGUAUGCAGUACGAGGAGUUCAUGCGCCUGCAGUGGGCCAUAGACACCAGCUAUUUGCAUCUUCUGACCGGCGCCGAUAUAAAACAGACCAUGGAGCUCCAAGAAUUUCCCUUUGCGGCCGCUAACUUCAACACCAACGUGGUGGCCGUGAGCCAGCUAUCGGCAUUCAUGUUGCCGUUCGCACUCACACUCACAUUCGUGUUCCUCACCGGAAGGCUUUUCGAGGAAAAAAACAGUGGGAUGCACGAGCUGGUGAAAAUGGUAGGCGUGUCCUGGGAAGAGCUAGGUGUCUCGCACGUCUUAGAUUUAGUACCUCAUCUCCUUCUCUACGCGGUGGGCGGCGCCUUAUUUUACAAGAUUGACGACCUCAUACCCGUUACGUGCGGGUUCUAUAUAGCACUCGCGAUGGCGCUGCAUUUUUUGACUGUGGUGGCGCUGGCGUUUGUCACAGUUUACGUGUUUAAUAUGACUCAAUACUUGGAACUGAUCACAAUGUCGGUAUAUACCGCAUUCCUAGUCGCCAGUAUGCUGAGCCAGAAGCUCAAGAGUCGCGCUUUGUCUCUCCUUUGCUGUCUACUGCCACAUGACCCCUUCGUGCGGUUUUGGAGGGCACUCGGUUCUAGAGAAAUGUUCGGUGGCAGCAUAUCGAUCACAAACAUGUGGACGCGGAACGCAGCCGAACAGACCGCCGUCGCCGAACUGUAUCUGUUUAUGGUGCUGCAGAUAAUCCUGCUGUCUAUGAUCGCCUGGUACCUCUCUAGAGUGCGGCCCGGGAAGUACGGGCAAGCGCUACCCUGGAACUUUCCAUUUAGUAAAGAUUAUUGGUUCAUGCAGCCAAAAGUAGAGGCCGCGCCGGAAGAGACCCAGUUCGGCCCAUGUGAGGCCGACCCGCGCUACUUCGAGAAGGCCCCCGCUGGCCUCCCGGUGGGCAUACAGGUCAACGAUGUCUACAAGUCGUUCGGCAAAGACCCGGCAUUGAUUGGCGUGGAUUUAACCGUGUAUCGGGGCGAGAUCACCGUACUGCUGGGACAUAACGGCGCCGGCAAGACUACGCUCAUCAACAUCAUCACCGGUCUGAUAUCCGCAUCGUCCGGACGCGUACUAGUGGAAGGCAAGGACACAGUCAAGCAAGCGAAGGACGUCCGCAAGCUUAUCGGACUCUGCCCACAAGAGAACAUCUUCUUCCCGCAUCUUACAGUGCUGGAGCACGCCAUGUUCUUCGCCAUGCUCAAAGGCCAAACAUACUCUCAAGCCAACACCUCAGCCAUGAACCUAUUCUCGAAACUCCAACUAUCAACCAAGGCAAACGCAUUAACAUGCGCAUUGUCGGGUGGCAUGAAGCGACGCGCGCAGCUGGCCUGUGCUGUAGCUGGUGGGGCUCAAGUUUUAGUACUGGACGAGCCCACUAGUGGGCUUGAUGUUGAAACGCGCCGUGAGCUGUGGGACUUGUUGCUGAGUCUCCGCGGCGAGCGAACGGUACUGUUGACCACACACUUCAUGGAAGAAGCGGACGCGCUGGGUGACCGUAUUGCAGCUCUGCACCACGGCCGUGUGCGCUGCCACGCCACUUCCAUGUUCCUCAAGCGAGCCAUCGGAACCGGCUACCGUCUCUCCUUCACAACAAUCGGCGCGCCUAAAGAGGCGGCCAUCACGUCAGCCAUCACCACCGUCGUGCCGAACGCGACCAUCCGCGACCGCCGUCCGAACGGCGUCUCCUACAACCUGCCUGCCAAGGAUACUGCGCGCUUUCCGGGACUUUUCGCUUCCCUGGAAGAUGCGCGCUCAAAACUACAGAUUGAUACUAUAGGAGUCGGGAAAAGCACGCUCGAUGAGGUGUUUUUAGAGCUGUGCGGCGACGACAAACCAGCAAAUACGGAGGAACCGGACAACACAACAACAGAGCCGGUCCACGGGACGGUGAAGGGUCCAAUGUUGUACGCUCGUCAGUUCGCAGUGUUAUUGCAGAGACAGUGGCGCUACAUCACAUCUCAUCUGCUUUCUUUCUUGGGCAUCAUAGUAUUCGUGACGUUACUCCUCUGGGCGUUCACGUCCGUGGCCAACAACAACCCGUUCGGCGCGCAGCAGGCGGAGCAGCCGGACGCCGACGUGGCCAUGACCCUGCAGCUGUACACGGCGCGUGCGCAGCCCCCCCGCGUGCUGCUCCGCGUGGACGAGGACGCGCGAGACAUGCUGCGCAAGGGCUUCAAGGGAGUGCACUUUGAGGAAGUGCCAAAUGUCGUUGAUGCUAUAAUUCGCAUCGGCAAAGAAGACAUCGCGGAGUAUAACAAGUACCUUGUGGGGAUCGAGAUCAAUGACACAAAUAUUAAGGCUCUGUACACGACCACAGUCCGCCACGCAGCCCCUGUCGCCCUCAACCUGCUCAGCAACGCGCUCAGCACUCGCCUUGUAGCCGGAGCCGACGCACACACCAUCACGACGCGUAACCAUCCAUUGCGGGGCGCCUUCGUGCCUUUCCAGGAUAAAAUCAAGUUGCCCAAGCAAAAUGAACAGAAGUUUAUAUGGACCUGUAACAUCGCUAUGGUGGUUCUCUUCUACCUGUGCACGUUCUCGAAGCUCCCGUGCGCGGAGCGGCUGUCGGGCGCGCGGCACGCGCACGUGAUGGCCGGCGCGCCGCGCGCACUGCACUGGAGCGCCACGCUUGCAGCGCAACUCCUGCAAGCGUUGGUGGCGUGCGUGCUGCCCGUGUGCGUGCUGGCGGCUGCCGUGGACAAGGACAGCACGUUCGACCAGCCCGGGUUCAUAUGGGCGCUCUGCGUGCUACUAGUACUGGGCACCUUGGCAUUCCUGGGCCUGGUGUACCUGGCCAGCACGCUGCUCAGCUACACGGCCGCCUCUACAGUGCUCGUCGUCAUCGCCUUCCUCUUCAGUCAAAUAACCCCCAACAUCCCUGAAUCUACAAGCUUCUGGUACAAACUCCUGUCUCUGCCCUACGCGUUGCUCGCUCCACACACGCUCACAGCGGGCCUCGCGCAACUAGCCUCUGCGGCGCAAACCAACGCCUACUGCAACCUGAACAGGGACCGCUGCCCGGCGUUAGUCGGCCCUGACAACUUUGAAACGGCUAAAUGUUGUAAUUCCCCUGCUGGCUCGGAGCCGUGGAGUUACUUCGCUACGAAAGACGCCGCCGGCUGGCCAAUGCUCAUCCUCGCCUUACAAGCUGUCGCAUAUUUUGUAGUAACGCUGCUAUCUGAUAGUGGGUUCCUGGAGCGUGUGUACGCGCGUGUAGUCGCGCGCGGCGUGCGGCCGCCGCGCCGCCUCGCGGACCCCGUGGCGCGCGCAGAGACCGCCUAUGUCGAGAAGGCCAUACAAUUACCGAAGCAGCAGAUUACGGACUCCAUCCUAUGCCACAAUGUGCAAAAGUUGUACCCGGGAUGCUGCAAACGAAAACCUUUCUUCGCUGUCAAAGGCGUCAGCUUCUCUGUCAAAAAAGGAGAAUGUUUCGGCCUACUAGGAGUGAACGGCGCGGGCAAAACUACGACGUUCAAAAUGCUGACUGGACUCACAAGUCCCACUGGGGGAGAAAUAUUCGCCAACGGACACUAUGCCAACGAUCGGAACGCGUACAUGCGCACGUUCAGCUACUGCCCGCAGUUCGCCGGUCUGGACGACUUCUUAACCGGUCGUCAGAACCUUUCACUGCUGCUGACCCUACGUGGCUUGCAAGCCGAGGAUGUUGCCACCGUCUCCAAUUCAUGGAUUGAGGAAGUUGAUCUAUCACGGCACGCGGACAAACGCGUAUCUUCAUACAGCGGCGGCUGCGCGCGCCGGCUCGCCGCGGCCGCCGCGCUGUGCCAGGCCGCGCGCGCCGCGCUGCUGGACGAGCCCACCGCCGGGGUGGACCCGCUCGCCAGGAGACGCAUGCACCAGGCGCUGCUCCGGGCCAGGAGACACCACGAGCUCAUCAUCGCCUCGCACAGCCUGGACGAGAUGGAGGCGCUGUGCCACCGCAUCGCCAUCAUGUCGGGCGGCGAGCUGCGCGCGCUGGGCUCGGCCGCCGCGCUUAAAGCCGAGCACGCACAGGGGUACUCCGUCGUGUUCAAGCUGAGUCACGCGCAGGACGUGACGGACGGAGUCUCCAAGCUAGAUGAAUUCAAGGGCGAGCUGAACACGCGCUUCUCAUGCGAGCUGCAGGACCAGCACCAGAGCAUGCUGAGCUACCACGUUAAGGACUCGCUCCGCUACAGCGAACUGUUCUCCCAACUAGAGAACCUUCGAGAACAGUUCCCUUCUAUAGUAGAAGACUACACGGUUACAGAAACUACGCUCGAAGAAGUUUUCCUCGCUCUGGCUAGGGAGGCGCGCGCUGAGACCGUAUAGAUGGUACUACUAAUAUAUUCAACUGUGUAAGGUUAGACUUUUGCUAUAAUUGUUGUAAGGAGGAGCCUAGCUUUGCAGAUACUAUACAUGGACCAAAAAGUUUAACAAAUCGUCGAUUGAGCCCCGCUUUGCGGGAUCCUAGGUAUAAAGCUCUGAAUUUUUUUGGAAUGGAAGUUAAGUACUGGAAAACGCAUUGUGUAACAGUGAGUUUUUGUCUCUAAGGUUAGACUUUUGCCAUGAUUGUUGUAAAGAUGUAACCUAGCUUUGCAGGUCCUUUAUAUGGACAAACAAAACAGCAGUGUCGAUUGAGCCCCGCUUUGCGGGAUCCUUGGUAUAAAGUUCCGAAAAGUUUUGGAAUGGAGGUAAGUACUAGAAAACGCAUUGUGGAAAACACUUAACUCAGCACUGAAAUGUCAAAAACUUCUUAAGUCCCAGGGGUUUUAUUUUUCGUAAACUUUGUAUGAAACCGUGUGACGCGAUAUGGCGUCCGUGGUUCUCAAGGGGUUAAGACUAGAUACCGCACUCAAGUAAACAUUCCUUCAUGCCUUCAUUUUGAGUGCAAGUCUAUUUUAAGACGGGCCUUGGACCGGGUGAUAUCGUGAUAUUCGUGAUCAAAUCAUUGUCAUUUAUUUAUUGCACUUCAUUCAUUGUUUCACCUUUAAUAAAACUUGUCACUAGUCGUAUCUAGUAUUUUGUAAGAAGUAAAUAACGAAAAUGUGGCCUUGUUACUUCCGACCGAUUUUUGAAAUGCCUUACAGCAUUUUUUCUACAAGUUAGUAACCCUAACAUAACUUUUUUUCUAGCGAAAAGGAUAUAAACAAGCUGUAGAACCGGUUUAAAAUAUACCGAUUAAUUCUGUGGUAUUAACCGGUAUAUUUGAAACCGGUUAACAGGUAGAGGUAGGGUCGCUAAGACUAAACUGUAACUUCAUGACAAGCCGCUUUCGCACGCACUUAUCACGUUUGAGCAUUCACCGAGCGAAUAAAGCGGUCUCCUUUUCAGCUUGGGCAAAAAUUCUUUCGUAUGUCCGGAUGUUCUCGUCUACAGGUCGCAUUUUUCAACCGAUUCUCGUGAAAUUUGGUGAGCAGGAUCAAUAAUUAUACGGGUUUUUUUUUGUCAAUUCAGGUUUUGGAAAUUUUUCAAAAUAGCGGCCCAUGGGGGUUCGCGAGGUCUACAUCUCACAGAGCCACUAGUAUGUAAAUAGGUGCGUAUCGCGCAUAAACAAAAAUAAAUCAGCGUGUUAUGAAAUCACAAUGUUGUCUUAGUGACCCUACCUCUGCCUACCUUUCAGUUCUGUAGUAUUAACCGGUAAAUUUGUAUGCCGGUGUAUUUUGGUAUGGCUCCGACGAUUUAACAUACUUAGGCUUAAGUCGAAAUUCGUGUACCAACAACGUAUUUAGGUUCUAAAUUAAGAAUUUAUAUUGUGGUAUCCAAAAAUUAUUUUGUCCUUGUUUAGUUAAGGCUUAAUAUUUUAUUUAGCACCAAGUAAUCUCAAUGUUAUAGCAUUUAGAUUAAGUAUGGGCAUUGUAGGUUUCCAAGGGUAGAACAUAAAGUAUUGAAGCAGCAGAAUAUUUAAAGUAUUAUGGGAUGAAGUGAUGGGCUAUGGAACCUAUUUUAUAGAGGCUUGUUAACUGUUUGACUGCUGUACAUUCCCUUAUCUUAGACGUAUAAUUCAGUUUUCUAUAUAUGUAGUAGUUUAACAGUAAGAUACAAGAUAAUAUAACCAUCCUGUAUACCAAAUUGUAAUAUUUGCUUACUUGAUUUGUAAAGUAAGAAAAAACAUUCUAAAAUUGCAAAUAAUAGGCGAUAAUGGAUAUUAUAAAUGAAUUAAAAAUAUAUUUAUAAGCAGAAUAUAGGCAGGUCCUAAGAAGUGCUCAACGUAGCUCUCUACAUAGCAGCUUAAAACUAAUAUAAUCCUGCGUACCAAAAUAAAAAUACAUAAAUACAUAAUUAAUGUGUAAAGUAGGUAAAAAUAUAUUUUUGAAGCCAAUGGGAAUGGGAGGGAGUUUUAGGAGACCUUUAGCCUAACGAGUUAAGACUCACUCACCUGCCGUGCUUGAUACGAAUCAUUUGUUACAUUUGCCCGUGUCUCAGAAAAUUAAGAAGAGCUUGGGUUCAGCACGCUGUCGUGAGUCGUCCUUAAACCAGAACUGACGCAUUCCUAUUCAAUAAUUAUUGUUUUCAAUAUGAUAGACCCUAUUAAAUCGUUUAUUUAACCCUUUUAAUGCGACGCCUAUUAUAUACAACGCGCCAACUUAAACCUUAUGGGAAUGUAGGAAGUUGAAUUAAGUGCGCGUCUUUGAUUGACGGUCAAAAUUUUAAUAAGGAACCCUAUUACAAUAAAAUUAUAUAAACGGUUUAUUUUGUAGGCUCUUUCAUUAUAUUUUAAUUAAUAGUACUAAAUUUCUCCAAAGGUAUAGAAAUAUAAAAGGUUUGUAAGCUUAGAAAUUAAGGUCAGUGUUAAAUGGAAUGGAAUUGGAUAUUGAUCAUAUAUUUGUAUAGGCAUUUGAAAUAGGUACUUGCCAAAUUUUAUUUUAUUCAUUGAUUCCUACAUUUAUUUAUUAUCACAUUAUAAUGUCUACUAGCAGGACCAGAUGAUUAACCCUUUUACAACAGAAUGUUUUUUCAAAAAAAAGUUUUCGUGAUUCGUUUUAGUUACAGUUUGCUAAAGUUCAAUUUGAACCAUAAAUCAUAAAGUUAAGGUUGAUAUUGUAUUGGCACGCAUGUGGUCCAUAAGUCGUACCACGCCACGUUGAUUUCGCUGGCAGCUCUUCUCGAUUUAUACGUUUAAAUAACUCCGUGUCUGUUUAACAUUAAACUUAUAAUCACAUUUAUUUUAAGCCUUAUAAGAACUCUUUAUAAUAUCUUAUCUCUAUAAUAAUGGUUAUCGGAGCCGAAAACGACUAUCGGCGCUUAUUUUGGAUGUGAAGGGGCUCUUAUGCGGUGCGUCCAUUCAAAUAUGGAAAAUGCAGCGACGGCGCGCCAUUCGCGAACCAUUUUGCCAAAAAAUCGCUUAAUGCCCACGUGCGUUUCAUUGUAUGUAACUGUUGUAGUUUCGACUAGAUACUCGUACUUGUUUCCGUGAAAUGUCAGAACACACCAAUAUAAGCACUAUUAGUGCUUGAGAAAGGAGACCUAGGCUCUCCGAAACAUGUCGCGCGAGUGACUAAAACAAUUGAGUCUAAACCGUGAAAUUAUUUAAUGUUAGUGUCUCACAACAGUUUAAAUUCGAACACCAAUAUAAAUUUAAAAUAAUGGUAUUGAAAUAUUACCUAAUUGUUGGCAAUUCAAUCCUUGGGGCCAUUUUGAUCGACGCGUCGCGCGUGCAGUUGCAGUUCGCAAGAUUCGCUAAUGGCGCGAUGCCGCAUUCGCCAGAUGUGGACGCACCUAUUAUAUGUGUACUUACGUUAGCACGAUAUUACAAUAUGUAAAAAGACUGCAUGUAUACACCGACUAUUUUGAUUUUUUUAAUAAACACCUAUUAUUUUACUCUAA